GCCGGUCUUUUCAGAUAUGUAGACCCCAAUUUGAAUCUGCUCGUUAAGAGUGAAGAAAACGGCAAAAUGUGGUGUGAAAAAUAGAGGUCUUUACUGUGACGUCAUAUCCCCAUGACAACGCGUUGGCGACCAUCUUGAAGGUCAACCACGAACAGGCCGAAUAUAAGGGUUGAAAGCUGACAUGGUGAAUUUUGAGGCCAUAGUUUCCCCUUGGGCACGUGAAGACUGCGUCCUGAGUCGUAAGUUCAUUGUGUCAGUGGCAACCUUUCGAGCGACUCAAAGUAGCCGUCAAGUCAUUGUGUUAGUGGCUACCUCGAGGCCUAAAAUUACUCUGACUAAGAAGUAGUCGUUACGUCAUUUUGUCAGUGGUUACCUCACGGCUUACAAUUAUACCGACUCAAAGGCAGCCGUUUUAUCAUUCUAUUAGUUGCUGCCUCAAGGGCAACAAUUAUCAUGACCCAAAAGAGGCCGGAAAGUCCGUAUGUUUGUGGCUUUUAAAAUUAUACUCUCACCCGGACGAUCGCACUUCAUUUUCACAUGUUACCCCCGGUUCAAACUAUUUACUGUUUUAAAAUUAUGCUUGGUUAUAUGUUACACCGACAAACUUUGUGGGUUCAUAGAUUGCUCGUAGUUAUUGACGAACGAAAUUGCGAAUUACUCUGUUAUCUUAGAUACCGAUUACUGCGCAAAUGAUAGUGACGUUCAGGGCGAAACGAGAAAACAUACACUUUUGAGAACGAAAGUGAAAGUAAAAGGGUAAAGGAAAGACAAAACCUUGCUGUGGCUCGGGGUCGUUCCCUUGACCUUUCGCUUGAGAGGAACACAAUCCCUUGCUCCAAGUAUGCUGACUGAAUCUGAUAUUGACAACGUGCUUUACUGGAGCAGACCAUAUAGAUAAAGCGUGAUCUUCCCAAACCAAAAGUCUCAAAAAUAUAAAGUCGGUUUAAUGGCCACUUUUUCAGCUUUUUGAUUGAUGAGAGAAUGAUCGCGUAGACAUAUAUGAUGUACUGCUCGUAUGCAGGUGAUCUUGCAUUGAUAAUCGAUGGAAAUUUCGAGCAACUAUUCAAAUUCCAGAGGGUCUAUUUUUGUCGCCUGAGAUAAGAAAGAAUAAUGAUUCUGGGUGAGGAUAGCUGAAAAAUUAAAUGUCAGAAGGGCGAAGUUUGAAAUUUGGCCAUGGCCGACGUUAGCGAGAAACCCACAGCAACAGAUGCCAUCAAAAACGAUGAAAGUCAAGUCGAUCCGACCUCGCCGACAAUCGAGAUCUCCCAGCACAGUGACAAGGUUAUUAAACACAGAGUACGUGUACAGAAGAAAAAUGGCAGAUAUUAUUUCCAGCAUCCCUAUGCAAGACUGUUUGUUUCCUACUUUGUGAUUUUUUGCAACUUUUUAAUAUAUGCUGAGGAUCCUGUAUCACAUAGCAGAGCAAAUUGUACCAUUCCUGUUGUUGGGAAUGACUUUGCUUUUGUCACAUACAGGUACCCUCCUGGGGCGUGGUCUCUUCUCAAGGUAUUUCUGUGGCUUUUAGCCAUUGUGGUUGGAUUGCUGGUGGGCAAUUUCUUUUUCCAUAAAGUGGUCUUCAAUAGAUGGAUGAAGCUUUCCAUGUUCAAAUGUGACAGUGGCUCAUGGAUGGUGAUGUUCUUGACAACUCUAGUCUCACUGUUUAUAUUCUCCCUCAUCUACAAUGGAUUCAUCAGCAUUGGGGGUGACAAGCUCUCCUUGUAUAAGAUAACUACAUACCUAGGAUUGCAGAAUGACACCUUUAUGAAGGCAGCUGGGCUAGGCACAUGGAUGGGAGAUUUUGUCACAGCAUGGAUGGUAACUGACAUGAUGCUUCAGGACAAGUUGUACCCAGACUGGAACAAACGUUUGAGGAAGAUUUGGAGAACCGGAUACACUCGAAUCUAUUUGUUCUGGAUUGUGCUUGUUGUUGCUACGGCAAUUGUCGCCUCUGGAAUAAUAAGUGACUUUGUUAGGUGGGAUACCCUCAACAGAGAUUUCGUAUCCACUAAUGAGCUAUCUCGAGCCUUUCUAGCUUCUUUCAUCCUUGUUAUGGACCUGCUUAUUGUUAUGCAGGACUGGGAGUUUCCUAGCUUUCAAGGGAACCUGGACGUCAAACUUCCAGGAGUAGACACAGCCUCCUUCUACUUCCACUUGCCUCGGUGUCUGAAGAAGGAGAACUGGCAUGUUCACAUAACAGGCAAGUGGUUCAACUAUGGUAUCAUCAUGCUUGUAAUUAUUCUAGACUUAAACAUGUGGAAAAACCAGAUCUUUUACAGUCCUUUUGACUUUGGCCAGUACACGGAUCCCGAGGGGUACAUUUUCACCAUUGUCGACGACAAAUUCUUAGAAACUGCCAACAAAACCACCCUUUCAUACGAGUGGAGGUCAAGUAAUCUCAAUCCGGCCACGAAUGAAACUUUCACAACAACAGAUCCGCGUAUGAACUCAAAAUACCUUGGGUUUGGUUUAGAAUUGAAAGGAAUUGCUUUCAUUCCUUCCAUUGUGGCGUUCAUCACGUUUGGUUGUCUUAUUUGGUUCUAUGGACGGGAAAAGUUUGUCGUGGAGGAAGUUCUUGAAGAUUUAGAUAAAGUUGACGGUGUGGUCAUUGAAGAAGUUGAUUUUGAGGUGGAACCCAACCAAGAUGAUACCCCAAAAGCGCGCAACGGGAAUUCUGGCCAUAUUGAAACCGCGGACGAAGGAUUGUUAGAGCUUCCAGCCAACCAGGAAGAUGGAGAACCGAUACUUCUAAAUGUUCAACAAAUCACAUAUGUGUAAAUCACAAGAAGUGCCUUCCGCUGAAAGUAUAAACUGCAGCCCAAUGAUGAUGCAAUGUUGGAGAAUUUAGGGGGAAUCAGUUCCUUGUUCUUUUGAAAUGAUUGCUCGAAAUGUUCUGUUAUUUUUGCUUUAUGCGUUCUGACUCAAUUCUGAUCAUGUAUUUCAUAGUUAUUUUAUUGACAUUCUAUAGCUUUUAACAUAAACAGAAUAUAUCUUUUCAGUAAAACAUGUACUUUAAGGCUUAGAGGACAUGCAAAGUCGCAACAUUUUAGAUAAACCACAUUAUUUAACUCGUGUUGAAUUGAAAACUAUUUUAGUGCUUAAUUCUGAGUCUAUCACGAAAUGAAAAUCACUGCAUUUUAAAACUCAUUUAAAGUCAACUACCGGUAGCUUCUGUGUAGUACUUAACGUUUUAUUGAGACGCGAUAUUUUAAUUUUGGGUUUGCCACCUACUCAACUCGCUCUUCUCAAAGAAAUCCUUAUAUUAACUGCAUGUUAUAGCAAUAGUUUGUUUUGCGUAAUACUGUAACUCAAUCGCAGUUGCUGUAAAAAUUCUAACAUAUGCUAGGCAGAGUGUCAAGGAAAAAUUGAAAUUCACAUUGUGGAUCUUUUUCCUCGAGUUAGUUAUACUGUUUCCCAAUUACUAGCUGUUUGCUUUGUUUUAAGACGUUCUCGUAAUUUUAAAAUCUUAUUCGUCAUAACAGUGAUGUACAUGUAAUGUAGAAAGCUGUUUUUAAUUUAAGGUAUUUACUCAUGUGCGAAGUACAUUUUGUCAAAAUUAACAUCACUAGGUUUAUUUUUCUCAGGAGUGUUUUUCGUUUCAUUAUUUCGUGCUUGCGUUAAAAAACGACCUCGUAAUUUUAUAAAACUUUCUCUUCAUGCGAAUAUAAACGCUUUCUGAUGUCGAAUGAAAAGGUACAUCAUAAGCUUCGAUAACAAUUUUUUAAUUAUCAUAUAUACCAAUGUUUUAUUGCGAGUCUACUUUGAGAAAUGAAGGUCAGACUUACAAAGACAUUAGCUACCAUUAGCUUUGCGCCAACAUGUAACACUUAAAUUAUAUUUUAUUAAUAUUAUCUGUAAGGCAUGUGUUAUUGUAAGCAUUCAACGCUUUCUAAUGUCAAAUGAAAAGGCACACCAUAAGCUUUGAUAACAAUUCUUCAAUUAUAAUAUAUACCAAUGUUUUAUUGCGAGUCUACUUUGAGAAAUGAAGGUCAGGCUUACAAAGACAUUAGCUCAGUCCAUUAGCUUCGCGCCAACAUGUAACACUUAAAUUAUGUUUUAUUAAUAUUAUUUGUAAAGCAAGUGUUAUUGUAACCAUUCAACGCUUUCUAAUGUCAAAUGAACACACCAUAGGCUUCGAUAACAAUUUUUCAAUUAUAAU